AUGCGUACUCGCACUGCUUUGGCCAAAGUUUGCCUCUUGGCCUCUCUCCUUGUAGCCACUUACCACAUCAGAUGCCAAUACAUCUUCCAACGCGCCCUCUCGAACCUGUACAUUACUUUCGAUGACUUUCCACAAUCCUACACAACCGCUCUCAAUGCAUCGAGAACCGAAGGAGACGCACUGAUAGACCUGGACUACAAUGCGUCUUUCGCCUCGCCAAGGAUCCCUCGCAUCAUCCACUUCAUCUACUUUGCAAACCUCUACCACCUGCACGACGGCUCGCCGACUCUCCCGACGACCUCUCGCUCCCAUGCCCCUGAACUCUGCAGGAAGUUCAAUCCCACCUAUACAAUUCGCAUCUGGAAUGAGACGGAGGCGCAAUCCUUUAUCGAAGAAGAGUACGCCUGGUUUCUCCCUACAUACAGCGCGUACAAACACCCCAUCCAACGCGUCGACGCGCUGAAAUACUUUGCCCUCUACCAUUUUGGCGGCGUGUACAUGGACCUCGACAUCGCUUGUCGGCGGCCCUUGGACCCUUUGCUACAGUUUCCCGCUUGGUUCCCUGAGGCGAGCCCACUGGGCGUGAACAACGAUCUUAUGGCGAGUAUGCCGCGCCACCCGAUUUUGCUGGACAUGACGAGCGCACUUGCGUGGAGAAAUCAAAAUCUGUUGUUUCCGUACCUGACCAUUUUUUGGAGUACGGGGCCGCAGUUCGCGAGUGAUGUAUUGAAGGCGUGGCGGUGGAAAUAUGGUGCGAGGAUGGGUGGGCAUGGUGAGGACUCCGCUGCUUGGUCUUUAAUGGAGUUUUCUCGGUACUGA